AACUUCCCUCGCGUACGGUUACCGAACCUGCGCGGGGAACGGGUUUGGAAGAUGUUGAUGCAGAAGGGGCUGAAGAUAUCUUAAACGAUGGGACUGCGCGAAAUUCUACACCACACUCCAAAUCCUAUGGUCACAAGGAGCACAAGUCCAAAAAGUCGAAACACGACGAUCAUGAUUUGAGGACCAACCCAGCCGGCUUUCGUAAAGUGGCAGACUGGUCCGAAUCGGUCAAAGGGGGUCUACCCCCUAGGCCACCGCGAAACCCACUACCGAUACCGCAAACAGAUGACCCUGGCGAGGUUAACGACGACAUGUCGGAUCGGAAACAGCCUCCCAACCAA